AUGACAGAAUCCUCCUCCUCUUCUUCUUCCACGACAACCUUCUCCAAAGACUUACCUUCAGAGUAUGCCUUUGAAGUCAAAAGCUUUUUCGGACGCGUUGGGAUCCAUGCCUCCCUCCCUCAAAAAUCCACUUCUAAAGACUUUUAUUCCGAUCUCAUUCGCGAUCUCCUUAAAGCCGACCAUGUCCGACGUGGCCAUAUCACCUGCAUCGUCCCUGUCUUGCCUGUUGUUGGCAAUAAAUAUAAUGGGCUACAUGGAGGGGCUGUUGGAGCUAUAGCAGAGAGAGUGUCUGUUGCUUGUGCUAGAACUGUAGUGGCUGAUGAUAAAGAACUGUUUCUUGGGACAGAGAUUGCAAGAUUCCAUCUUUACUUGAGAAUUCAGUACGCAGCUUGGCCAACUGCUAUGACUCUUUCAAACGAUGAAGCAUCUGGGGGUGGGUGUGGGCUUGCUUUUGGGAUGUGGUCCUGCGGUUCUUACCUCAGACUAAUGGCACUUGAGAGAGUGACCACACCAGCCAACAGCGUGAUGGCUGGAGUUCAGAUUUGUAAAAACUGGAAGUAUUUAGACAUCAAGUCUGCUGGAAAAUAG